CCUGGUUGGCUGGGGCAUGGAGCUGUGGUGAGGCCAGGUUGUCCCACAGCAUACACCUCCCUGCUCUUUGCAGUCAGGUCCUGCAGGGAGGCACAGCCUGCACCCAGCUGUAAUGGGAGCCCUGAGGUGGCUCUUGUGGGCUGGGCUGGGCUACCUGAGCUGCUGCUGUCCCCCACUGGCACAGGCACAGUUUCCCCGUGUCUGCAUGACGGUGGAAGCCCUUCGCCUGAAGCGCUGCUGCCCAGCCCUGGGGACAGAGCCAGGCAAUAUCUGCAGGUCCCUGCAGGGCAGGGGACAGUGUGAGGGGGUGCAGGCAGACACUCAGCCCUGGAGUGGCCCCUACACUCUCCAAAAUGUGGAUGACCGGGAACGGUGGCCCCUCAAGUUCUUCAACCACAGCUGCCGGUGCACAGGAAACUUUGGUGGCUACAACUGUGGUGAAUGCAAGUUUGGCUGGACUGGCCCUGAGUGCAACAGGAGGAAGCCAGCAGUUGUCAGGAAGGACAUCCACUCCCUGACAGCAGAGGAGAGAGAGCAGUUCUUUGAUGCUCUGGACCGUGCCAAGACAACCAUUCACCCGGACUAUGUCAUUGCAACUCAGCACUGGAGAAGUCUGCUUGGCCCCAGUGGAGAGGAGCCACAGAUUGCCAACUGCAGCAUUUAUAACUACUUUGUUUGGCUUCAUUACUACUCAGUCAGAGACACACUCCUGGGUCCUGGCCGUCCCUUCAAAGGUAUUGAUUUCUCCCACCAAGGACCUGCCUUCGUUACUUGGCAUAGGUACCACUUGCUGUGGCUGGAGAGGGAGCUGCAGCGCCUGAUGGGCAACGAGUCCUUUGCGCUGCCGUACUGGAACUUCGCCACGGGCAGGAACGAGUGUGACAUCUGCACGGACCAGCUCUUUGGGGCACCACAGCCCGAUGACCCCGGCCUGAUCAACCCCAGCUCCAGGUUCUCCCGCUGGCAAGUAGUUUGUAACAGUUUGGACGCCUACAACCGCCUGGUCACGCUGUGCAAUGGCACUGCCGAGGGGCCGCUGCGCCGCAGGCUGCCCCGGGGCUCCGGCCAGCAGCUGCCCAGCGGGGAGGAUGUCAGGAGGUGCCUUUCCCUGCAGGACUUCGACAGACCCCCCUUCUUCCGCAAUUCCACCUUCAGCUUCAGGAAUGCGCUGGAGGGCUUUGAUGAACCAGAUGGAGCCCUCCACUCGCCCAUGCUGAGCCUUCAUAAUCUGGUUCACUCUUUCCUGAAUGGCACCAGUGCUCUCCCCCACGCAGCUGCCAACGACCCCAUCUUUGUGGUGCUUCACUCCUUCACUGAUGCCAUCUUUGACGAGUGGAUGAAGCGUUUCCAGCCCCCUGCCGACGCUUGGCCCGAGGAGCUGGCCCCCAUCGGGCACAACCGGCUGUACAACAUGGUCCCUUUCUUCCCGCCGGUGACCAACGACCAGCUCUUCCAAACCGCCGAGCAGCUGGGCUACACCUACGCCAUCGACCUGCCAGGUUCCCUUGAAGAAACCCAAGCAUGGGCUGUCAUGGUUGGAUCCACAAUUGGAGGAGCACUUAUAGCUCUGGCUGUGCUUGUUCUGCUGCUUGUACUUUUCCAGCACCGAAGGCACAGAAGAGGUUUUGAACCCCUGAUGAAUGUGAGCUUCAGCCCCAAGAAGUACAUGGGAGAGGCCUAGUGCCCUCAAUCCUUUCUUUGCUUGCUCUUGUAGGGAGUGACCUUGAUUGCCUUACUGCUAUCUUAGCUGAGACUUUAUCACACACUCCUUUGGCAGCUCACUAAAUUGUUCUCAUUCAGGUUUUUCCUGUUAUCUUAUGAAGUCCCGUUAUCUUAUGUGAAGUCUCUGGGUACAUGUGAGAAAAGCCCAAUUCAGGCUAGAUUUUUCUCAUUAUUAAAUGUUAUCUGCAGUGUGUGACACCUGUAAAUCAUCCUCUAUAGAUUUAGUUCAAGACAGCUGAGAAUCCAAAUAGGAGAAAACCAACAUGAAUGGCCAAGAUAAA